UUUUCCUGUAGCUAAGCGCCUGAAACCCGGGAACUGGUGACCUCUGACCCCCGCGGCAUGGAGGCUGAGCAGAGAGAAGCAAUUAUCGCUGAGCUCAGAGCCAUUCAGAGCAGCACGGACAGUCUGUAAGGUUUCAUCUUCAGCUGAAGUCCAGUCUCUAAAACAGCUGGUGGAGUUCACGGACCCCGAAAAAGGAGAGCUACUGCAAGCCCAGAACAAGGCAUCUGAGUCUUUAUCCGUGUGGAAGAGACUGUUUUCUGCCGCCGCACCACCGUUGCCCCCCAGCCCUUGAGUCAUGUCAGACGGAAGAGACAGCACUGCAAAACCUUUCAGUGCUUUUGAAUACGAAUCCCCUAAUGACCCUGACACAAUCUCACUUAGCGAUUCAGACCCUGAAUCGGCAGAUGAAGCAGAGGUGACGUCUCUUAGUCCUGGAGAAGAAGAAGAAGAGGAGGAGGAGGAUGAUGAAGAUGACACUAGACGGGGAGAAAAGCAAAAAGAGCAAAAAUCUUCAGUGCUUCCAUUCACCCUAAAGGGAGGCAAUGCACGCUUCUCCCAGCGCAGCCAUGACAUCUUUGGAGGUCUUCUAGGCGUACAGAAAAGUUCACCUCUUGACCGACAGAAUAGAAAACGCGAGGUAGUGUUGUCUGAUGACGAGAAUGAAGAAAUUUCUGAUAGUGUCAUUGGUGAUGUCGAAGCAGCACCUGUCAAACCAACCAGUAAGGGUUCUACCAGUGCAAAAACCGUGGGUCCCACUGGACGCGUACCAGAUUAUUUGGCGCACCCGGAACGGUGGACAAAAUACAGCUUGGAGAAUGUUCCUGAUACCAGCGAUCGAACAAACCGCAAUACAGCUCUCAACUUUCUAACUGAGCUAAAGCAUCAAAAGGAAGCUCAAGAGGUCCCCAAAGAGGCCAGCUUAUGUUCUUUCAACCAGGACUCCUCCAGUUCUGGAGAGGGCAGAAUUCUCUUUUCAAGGCCCACCAAAAAGGGCCAACAGAGCAGUGAUAAAAGAGGGUUACAGUCGGGAUCUCUGGGCAUGUCCGAGGCGCUGACUGAAGAAGGAAAAGACGAAAGUGAAAAGGUGCCAGGCGAGCGGGCAGGGGCCGAGACCUUGGGGUUCCAUGGAGUGAAAAAACGAGCCCGAAAAAAUAUUAGGCCUAAAAAAGUUAUUGAAGAAGAAGGAGACUCUUCUUAAAGAAGUUGAAGAUGAUCAUGGGUUAGACUUGGCUAAACCUAAAAUGUAAUAAUACACGUAAAAAGUUAGUAACAUUGUGCAGAUAGCGAGAUGCUAAAUUUAAAAAUGUCUCCCACCAUGAUCACUACAUGUCUCCAGCUCUGAGAACCUCCUGAGACAUUUACAUACAUAAGUGUGAAUGAAGCCAGCAGCUCUUUUUAUAAUCUUCUCUCGUAUAAUGGGAGGAGUUUUUACAUAUUGUGGUCCUUUAAAUGGAUGCACAAUUCUUCACAUAGCGUAUUGCAGUGAGUGCUUCAUAACUUCUUUGCUUGUGUACAUUUUACAAAUCCAUGGAAAAAGAAUGCAUGUGUAGGGUCCUUCGCUCAGGGACUGGAUCAUUAGUUGUUACCGAAGAACCUAUUUCCUAGCCCUAAACAAUCCUAUCAGUUUCCUUAAAGAAAACCCGUUAGAGCAGUGUUCCUCAACUCUGGUCCUCAGGGCCCACCUGCCGGUCAUGUUUUCAGGAUUUCCUUGGUAUUGAGCAGGGGAUAUAAAUAGUUUCCAUGCAUCAGGACUUACCACAGGUAUUCAUUCUGUGGGAUAUUCUCAAAUCAUGACCAGUCGGUGGGCCCUGCUCCCUUUAUUAUGCUUUGUUUUGGCACCAAGGAUAGAAGGGCCAGGUUUUUGUUUUUUCCUUCAACCCAAGGGCCAGUUUCCCCCUCCCUCCUUUCUCUGAAUGCAGUUAAAGAGAGGAGUCCUUCAUAGGAUGUCUCCACCCAGUAGGGCAGAUGAUGGGACUCUCUCCACGGGCCCCAAAGUGGCUGCAGGAUCUGCCUCUAUGGUAGUAAUACACCAACAAACGAAACUGCCACUGGGGCAGGUAUUUUUUCCCUAUUGUGGGGCAGCUUUAAUGAUAUGUCACACGUGAUUUAUACUUGAUUUUCUCUCCAGGACUAGACUUUUCUCUGGUCAAGUAUAGAAAUGAUAUAUGCACAAUCACUUCCUGCCCGGGAAAGCCCAAGGGGGGGAGAUUUAUCAUCUCCUUUGUGCCCGAAAAAGUGGCAUUAAAAAGUUGCAAACUAUAUGGUUGCAACUUUUUAAAAACAAUUGUCGCAUCUCCUAGUUUUAUGCCAUCCUAGCCACUUUUCAUAAAGGCAGCGUGGCCAGCAGCCGCCACAAAUUUAUCUUCACUUUUGCCAGUUUUCUCGCACAAAUGAAGCCAUAAAUUUACGGCAGCUCAGAGCUUUCUGUUUAGGCGCACGGACUGCAGGAGGAUGAGCCUAAUUCUUAAUGAGGCCUGAGCCUCGUCCCCAGAGUAGGGGAUAUCAAGACUGGAGCAGAAAGCGCUGGUCUUUAUAAAUCUCCCCCAAUAUGAAUAUGCUCAGGUAAAAUUAACCCCCAUCCCCCUCCUUCCCAGACGGAGUUAGUAAAUUUAGGAAUAACCCUUCUGACAGGUCCUCAGCACUUGAUCAGGGGGCUUGUACAAAUACCAUUGAUGUGUAUGGUAGAGGAAUUGUGUGUUUUUGACUUAGACGUUGCAUUCAGGCUCUUCCUUUUUGUAACUUUUGAUGUUUGUUUUGCUGAAACUAUGAUUAAAGGGUGACUGGCAAAAUCUUAA